AAUGGAACGGAAAUUAAUCAAAGACAACGCUUUUACUUCUUCUCCGCAAAAAUAUAGCAGUGCACGAUAUGCUAACUUUUGAGCUACGAGAUAGUUCAAAAUAGUUGGAAAUGCUGUAUAUUGCUGAGUCUCUAGUUUCAGUUUGGUUUUUAACGUUCGACCCAAAGCUAUGUUUAUCUGUAGGCUAAGUUACAUUCUAUAAAAUAAACUACGACUGACGCAUGUUGACGCACGUAAUCGUCACAGGAUAUAGCGUACAGUUUACGGACGCGCACAUGUUUUCGACUACCGACCCGAAGGAGGAAGAUACACGUGUGGUGGCAUGAAGCAAACAGUUUAGCAAACAGUUUAGCAAACAGCUCUGGUUUAACGAGAAAAUAGUAUCGUCAUGCACAAUUCUGGACAUUUUCCGCCGCCAGUGUUUAACUGUCCGCCUCCAGGGCAGAUGAUAAGACCCCCUGUAUUUAACUGGCGGCCUCCACCUCCUGGCACGUUUUGUCCCGAGAACGCGAAUUGGUGGGCUCCGCCACCUGGUCCAUGGGGCUUUAACAGUGGAGGGAAUGAAUACAACGCACCCGGGCAACAGGGAGCUGGAUUUCAUCCUCGCCGACAGCACCCCAAUUUCGGUCAGCGUGGAGGCUUCGACAAUGGACCGAACAGGAACGCUCGUGGUAAACAGAAAAAGAAAAAGGAGCCAGUGUUUUCUCAUUUCUGUGAUACUUGCGACAGAGGCUUUAAAAACCAACAGAAGUAUGACGAACAUGUGGCACAACACGUCAAGUGUUCUCUGAAAGACUGUACUUUCACAGCUCAUGAGAAGCUGGUCGCUAUUCAUUGGAAAAAUAACCAUGCACCUGGAGCAAAGAGAAUCAAACUGGACACUCCUGACGAAAUCACAAAAUGGAGGGAGGAACGGCGAAAGAACUACCCCACCCUGUCCAACGUGGUGAGGAAGACGAAGAAGAUGGAGGAGCGUGAGGAGAGGGGGGAGGUGCUUCAGACCGCCCAGUUUGGGAAGAUGAGAAGAGGUCACAUGGGUGCUGGCCGGGGUCGCGGGGGCAGGAACAUCCAGGGCAGUAAGAGGCUGAGGACAGGAGCAGAGGAUGAGGAGAGGAGCGGGGCGGAGAAACAGACAGGGAAGGAGAGAGACCCCCUAGGUGCACUUGCUGAGAGCGACUCAGACUCGGACAAGGACGCCACUCCAGACAGCACAAAGGAAGGCCUAACCGUGGCCCCAAGACACAUGACCUCCGGGCUGGGCUCCCUAUUGACCAGCUAUGGCUCCGCCUCCGACAGCGACAGCGAGCCAGUUGCAUUGCCCAUCCUGAAGACCAGUAAGGCUUUAGAAGAGAACCAGGCCAUACUGAACUCGAUGUCUGCCAGUACUCAGAGAAAAGAUUCUCAGCAGGGCGCAAUACCACAUCCUGACAGCAGGGGGGGCCCUCAGCAGGCUGGCCACCAGUCUGCACGGCCCCGCGCUGCCCCAUGUAGGCCGGGUAGGGGAAGAAACGUCUCGGCGCAUCGCAGGACCACCCUGCUGGAGAUGUUGCUGGCUCCGGAGAUCCGUCAUGAGCGGAACGUCGUGUUGCAGUGCGUCCGCUACUGUGUGCGGAACUCUUUCUUCGGGCUGGACAGCAAACCGCGGGAGAGCAGGGGGACUGAAGGCGGAGGUGGCGGAACCGUUAACAUUGCAGAAGAUCGCGCAUCACUUGAAGAUAAACUUUCCGUUGCUGUGGUAUACCCUCCGGUCCAAGAUGCUCCGAAUCGCGGAGCAGCCUUCCAGUGUGGUGAGCGGGGCCACGAUGGCGGGUCUGAAACUGUGAUUGGCGGUACGGAGAUUGAGAACACUGUGAUUGGUUCAGACCCCCAUCCUACAGGCAACAGCGGUAAUCUGGGAGAAGCCCAGAACUUUCCAGGAGAGGACAAGGUUAUUCCGCACUGCCCCCCAGAAGAGGUCUGCAAACCGGUGAGAAACAUCCAGAAUGAGGAGGCAGACUCUCCAGGAGAGAGCAGUGUUUGUGAUGUAGUCACUGCCAGAGAGGGCGCUGAUGAUGUAGAUAUGCUCACUGUAGGGGAGACUCCCGCUCCAGACCCCAGCCGGCCCGGAGCACCUGAAGAAGAGGAGCCGAGGUCUGGGUCGGAGGUUGCUGGAGACCCCUGAUUUUCCCUUUGAAAAUUUGGAAGAACUUCUCAUUCCCUUUUGUAUAUAACCUAAACAAAUAAAAUCCUUUUGGUGUCAAGGUGUAAAA